GCGAGUGUUGGGGAGCGAUUGUCGAUGUCGCGGCGUUUUGUAUUCAAAAUUCGAUUGUUUAUUAUCGCGAUUUUAUAAAAUAACGCCGUGUAUUAAUAAUGAAUUUCACAUGAAAGUAUAUUUUAGAGCUAAUACGUAAUUUUCAUAACGUUUUCUAUAAAUUAUGAAGUCUCUUCUAUUUCUUUAAUUAUGUUACAAUAGUGAAAGAUGGACGGAAAUCUCAGUCGUUAAAAAAGCGUGUAGUUUCGAUGAAUAUCUUAAAGGAAUAUGCUUAAAAUCGAGAAAAAUUAAGGAUACUAUAUAUUUUUGUAUGCACAUUUAGACAUGGCCAGCAAUGAAUCCAGCGUUCGAGUUGCAGUCAGAAUCCGUCCACAAACCCCCGGCGAGGUGGUGGAAGGAUGCGGGGUGUGCGCACGCGCGGGUGGGGCAGCGGGCGAUGGCGGCGUGGCGCUGGGCGCCGAGCGCGCCUUCACCUUCGACUACGCGUUCGAGCCCAGCGCGCCGCAGGAGACUGUCUACGAGACCUGUGUCAGGAAGCUGGUGGAAGCCGCACUUGAUGGAUACAAUGCUACCGUGCUCGCUUAUGGACAGACAGGAUCUGGAAAGACGUACACGAUGGGCAGCGGUUGGGAGGGCGAGGGAGACGGGGAUGAGGCGCGGCGCGGCAUCAUCCCGCGCGCCAUCCGGGAUCUGUUCGCGGGCGCCGAGCAGAGGGCGGAGGCCGCGCGUGCUCAGGGCCAGUUGCCGCCAGAGUUCUCAGUACAAGCCCAGUUCAUAGAGUUGUACAAUGAGGAUAUUGUUGAUCUACUCGAUCCUGCCAAAGACCCCUUCGCUAAGGGAGCACUCAGGAUAACAGAAGACGGUUGUGGUGGUGUGAAGGUGGUAGGGGCGUCGAUGCGUGCGGUGCGAGGCGUCCGGGAUGCACUGGGAGCACUCCACGCAGGCGCGCUUGCCCGAACAACUGCGGCCACUAAUAUGAACUCCUCGUCAUCAAGAUCUCACGCUGUAUUCACACUGUUACUAAGACAACGACGAUUGGCCACGGAUCAGGAUACAGUGGACAAAGAGGCGGAAGCGGACGCGCCGGAGCAGUACGAGACACUCACCGCAAAGUUCCAUUUUGUAGAUCUGGCCGGUUCCGAAAGACUUAAGCGAACAGGUGCAACAGGCGAGCGGGCUCGGGAAGGUAUUUCUAUUAACUGCGGGUUACUAGCCCUCGGCAAUGUCAUAUCGGCUCUGGGAGACAAGUCCAGGAAAGUCCUUCAUGUGCCCUAUAGGGACUCCAAGCUUACGAGGCUGUUGCAAGAUUCUCUUGGCGGCAACAGCAACACAGUAAUGAUAGCAUGCGUGUCUCCAAGCGACCGCGACUUUAUGGAGACGUUAAACACGCUGAAGUACGCGAACCGCGCGCGCAACAUCAAGAACCGGUGCGUGGUCAACCAGGACCUCACCUCGCGCACCAUACACCAGCUGCGUCAGGAAGUCGCCAGGCUGCAAGUGGAACUCGCCGAGUAUAAACAGGGUAAACGUGUAGUGUCAGAGAACGGGGAGGAGGGCUGGAGCGACGUGGUGCAGGAGAACGCGAUAUUGACGAGCGAGGUGGAGUCGCUGCGGCGGCGAGUGAAGGCAAUGCAGGGCACCAUAGAGCAGCUCUCCGCCAGGAACAGCGAGCUGGUCGCCGAGAAGGCGCUGGGCACGUGGGCGCCGCGCGACUCCAGCCCUGACGCCACUGACUGCUCGCUCACCACACUUGUACAGGGUUACGUGACAGAGAUAGAGGACCUGCGCGCGCAACUGAUGGAGGCGACCGCGUUGUAUGAGGCGAGCCGCAAGCGAGAGGCGCGCACGAGACAUGACUCGCAGCAAGACCCCGCCUCCAUACUCGACGACGCCAAGAGGGAACUCUACAAGGAGAAAGAACUAUUGGCUCGUAGUAUGGGUGAGCUCGAGUUCCAGCGCAAGCUGGCGACGCAGGUGAGCGAGAGUGGGGAGGGGCGGGAGGUGACGGCCGAGGGGGAGGGGGAGGAGAACGGCCAGCCCAUCGGCGAGCGAGAGCGCGCGGAGGGCGAGAGCGCCGGGGACUCCGAGCCCUCCGACCACGACGACGAGGACAGAUCUGAUGAUGAGAGGGACGAGGAAAUCGAAGCAGAAACCGCCGGUCAACGCAUGCUGACGAUGCAGCUGGCGGCGCUGAGCGAGGACAUCGACACGAAGGCGCGGCUGAUCGAGCAGCUGGAGGCUUCACAGCGGCGGCUGGCGGCGCUGCGGGCGCACUACGAGCACCGCCUCGACACGCUGCACCAUCAGAUCAAGGCCACCGGCGAGGAGCGCGACAAGGUGCUCGCCACGCUCGCUGCGCAAGCGUCGCCCCCUAGUGAAAAGUUAAAGCGCGUUAAAGAGGAGUACGAGCGACGAGUGUCGGGCAUGGCGCGCGAGUUGCGGCGGCUGCAGGCGGCGCAGCGCGAGCAUGCGCGGCUGCAGCGCGCUCAGGCCGCCACUGCGCACCAGAUACACGCGCUGCGCAAUGAUCUGCUCAACCUCAAGCGGGACAAGGUGAAAUUAGUGCAACGAAUGCGAACAGAAGCAAAGCGACACGCGCAAGCGGAAGCAGCUAGAGCUAAAGAGGUGGCUCAGUUGCGAAAAGAAUCUCGUAAGAACGCGAAUCUAAUACGGUCAUUGGAAGCUGAAACUAGACUUAAGGAACAGGUUUUAAAACGUAAGCAGGAAGAAGUAUCGUUGCUAAGGCGAGGUCAUCGGGACAAACUUAGCAGUAAAGCGGCAGGAAGAGUUCAUGAUGGUACGCGGAGUCGUUCUCGUAUCUCAAGUCGCGAGGCAUGGGCUCGUAUCGAGUGCUGGGUGUCGCGGGCGAGUGCUGCGCGCGCCACGUUGGCCGAGCUGGAGGCCACGCUGGAGGCGCAGCUGCGCCAGAGGGACCGCGCCGCUGCAGACCCAGCCGGGCCCGACUCUACCGCCCUGCUCGCCUAUCUGCGGGAGGCAAUCGCCGACACACAGCACCAGAUCAUGCAGAUCGAGGAGGAGAACGAAGAGACGGAGCUGUCCCGUGUGUUGGAGCAGGUGAGGAGCGCGGAGGCGGGGAGGUACGCGCUGCAGCGUCUGGCCGCGCUCGCACUGACGCACGCGCACGACGCAGCGCGCACAGUGCGCAUGUUGCGGGACACGCGCGCACAGCUCGCUGAGCUUUUGUUACAGAUGGAAGAGAAAAACGAUCGUUUAACAAAUGCUCUAAAGUCAUCGAAUGCGAACGGAGAUCAGAACCUGAACCCGUGGGGAGUGCCGCCGCCCGCGCUCGCCGCCUUGCUCGCACACGUCUCCUCCGGCACCUCCACCCGCUCCGUCUCACCUUCUGACAGUGCUUUGUUAGAGCGGCCGCCGGUGAGCGGAGUGCGGGAGUCGUGUACUGCGCCCGCCUCACCUCCAGACGACAACAGCAACUCCCCCUUCCAUCGUAAUACAGUAAGACGUGGUUCGGUACGUCUGCGUGAUCUGGGUGUGAUCAGUCGUGAUGAAGACCCCAUGUCGCAGUCUAUGGUGGAGCACACACCGCCACGACCUGCACCACUCAGCCGUGUGCCCAGUGCACCUGGAAGUCUGAGAGGUCUGACGCCGAUGAACUCUGUGUCAUCUCCGCUGACGUCACGCCGACCUCCGCCCGAGAGCCCGCGUCCUCUGCGACGUCAGCACAGUCUCGCAAAGCCUGCAUCAUUCGCGUGCGCAGGCGCAGGGCCGGGCGCGCUGGCCACGCCCCCCGCCUCGCCCGGCGCCGCCCGCCGCGCGCGCGACGACGACGUCUUCCUGCGGCUGGCGGGCGCCGCGCACGACAACUCGCCGCAAGGCGUCGUUCGAGAACUACCAUUGAAACAACGCGUGAGUAUCGGAGGUGGGGGCGGGGGCGGCUCCGGGGCGUGGCUGCAGUGCACGCACGUGGCGGAGGGACACGUGGGCGCCGCGCUCUGCCUCGCCGCCACGCACUCGCUGCUCUACAGCGGCGGCGUCGAUCGCACGGUGCGUGGCUGGGACCUGACGGCGGGGCGGGAGGCGUGGCGCGGCGGAUGCGGCGCCGCAGUGGCCGCGCUGGCGGCGCCCGGCCUGCUGCUGGCCGCCGCGGGACCCGCCGUGCGCGCCUUCGACACGCGGCUCGGCACGCCCGUCGCCACUUUGUGGUCUUCGGGGGGUGUGGGUCCUACGGGAGCGGCGACGUCGACUCGCGGUGAGACCGCGGUUACAGCACUAGCGGCUGCUGACGCCCAUCGCCUCUACACCGCCGCCGGUGACCGCCUGCGGCUCUGGGACCUUCGCAUGAUGGAGUGUGUGAGCAAGUGGUGGUCUGGUCACGCGGCGGCGGUGAUGUGCCUGGCGGCGGCGCGCGCCGGCCGCGGGGACCGCCUGGCCACGGGCUCGCGCGACCACUGCGUGCGACUGCUAGACCUCGCCCCCAACGACACCGGUUCUUGGGAGAUCAGCACACGGCGGUUGCUGGAGCCCCCGCACUACGACGGUGUGCAGGCGCUGCUGCUGACAGGCGAGCAUCUGUACAGCGCCUCGCGCGACUCCGGCCUCAAGUGCUGGAGUCUCGCAGACGGCACUCUCGCACAUAGUGUGAUGAACGCGCACAAGGGGUGGGUGACGGGCGUGUGCGGGGCGGGCGCGGGGCGUGUGGCGAGCGUGGGGCGCGACCAGACGCUGCGCCUGUGGAGCCCCGCACUGCGCCCCGCAGCGCACCCCGCGCCGCUGCCCGACGCCCCGCACGCCCUCGCGCCGUACCGCGCCACCGCACUCUGCACCGCCGCCAGCGGCGGCGAAGUGCGUGCGUGGCGGAUCGUCGACGACCAGUGACCAGUGAUGGUCGCAUUCGUAUCUGGCAAGUGCGGCAAAGCAGGUGACAGCGCGACCUCGCCACCAGCCCGCGCCGCGCCUGGCGGUGACCUCCGCACAUCGGACACCUCGCACCGGUACGUGACUCUGACGCGUACCAAUACGUGUCCUUAAUGCGUACCAAAACGUGCCCUUGACGUGUACGACCUCGUACCCAAAUGUAGACGUGGCACGUGCACGUAAUUAAAUGUGGGGGUGGCACGUACCCGUACUCAAAUGUGGUCGUAGCACUAACACGUACCAAUUUCUAUAGCGCUGAUGCGUUUUUAAUUUUGCGUUAUUUAUGUAAAGGAAAGUAAAAUUGUGACUGACACUGGAAUAUACCAAUAUUGAAAUUUAAAAAUCUAAAA